UCCAGAGCGCUCGGUUGUCUUGAGAGUCUGGUGCACCGACAUCCGAGGAGGAAAAUAGCCAUGAGUGCAAAAGCGAUACACCGACCACCCCGUCCCCUCACUCCCUCACCCUAUCGGAAGUGUUAAAAUAGAUGCCUUUGAGCCCUGAGCGACUUCGUCACACCUACAUGAGGUCACAAGCAGUCACUAGUGCCGAGGGACAGGUCGAAGGUGAGGCGAGUUCUGAGUGAAGGAAGCAGGGCCGGGCUGAGGCCAAGAAGAGGUUGGGCUGUGUCCUGCAUCCUGACACAGAGGAAUUUCUCACAGCCUUCGUCUCAUCCGAAAUGACUGCAACCCAUUGUUACUGCUGUUCGGAAUUUCUCCAGAGACAAUUCCUCACCUCUUUCCUUACAAACCCACACUGUGGCAGCCUCAUUAAUGCAGAUGGCCAUGCUGAAGUGUGGACAGAUUGGAAUGAUAUGUCCAAGUUUUUCCAGUAUGGAUGGAGAUGCACCACUAAUGAAGAUGCCUAUUCGAACCGUACCCUCAUGGGCAACUGGAACCAGGAAAGAUAUGACCUAAAGAAUAUCGUGCAGCCCAAACCCUUGCCUUCCCAGUUUGGACACUAUUUUGAAACAACAUAUGAUACAAGCUACAACAACAAAAUACCACUUUCAACCCAUAGGUUUAAGCGAGAGCCUCACUGGUUCCCAGGACAUCAACCUGAGCUGGUUCCUCCUCCAUACAAAUGCACAGAAAAGUCAACUUACAUGAGUAGCUAUUCAGAGCCUCAAAUUGAGCAUCACUCUGUGUGUGUGUGGAAUCCUAAUAACUGCCAAUUUCAGAGUCCAUGAUUCUAAGAAAGAAUAAGAAGGUUCAUUUUUCCAGUGUAGAAUGUAGGAAGGAGCACAUUCUAAGAACAACUAAGAAUUUAGCUGACUGUAGCACAAUU